GACGAGAGGUUGACUUCACUUGAGAAGGACGUGCGAGCGUUGCAGAUUGCGAUAAACGAACUUCAACGUACGAUUAUAAAAGCUGAGUCAGAAACAACAACGAACAGCAAUGAGCGGCAAUGAACGACGAAGAGACGGGUACGAACGUCUAACGAAUAAUUUCGAAAAAUUUCUGAAUCAACAACGAACGGUUAAGGGGGUCGAUUCUGUAACUUUUAUCGUGGUGAACAUGCGAGCCAACUCACAAAUCUUGAUUCUGUAACUUUCAUCAUAGUGUAAAUGCGAAAUUUCUUGUCGAAUGGUGAGAUCCGAGAGAGAAAACUGGAAGAUAGAACGAGAAAGAAAACAAGGAGCAUCACAUUCGCGAUCGCGACAGCAAGUACACAUUUUUCGACGCGUUCUGUAAUUAAGGACUUUAACUUAUAUUUUUUUAGCACUUUCAAGUUCUUCAAUAAAACAUGGCAAUGUUCAUGGCUGCAAUUAUUUUAUUUGAUGACGAUGACGAAGAAAAUGAUAACCAAGUUAUGAGAGUAAUGCGAAGGACACUUAGAGAUGUCUCAGAUCCUUUCUUGGUUCCCGAUAAUGAAUUUUGUAAGCUAUACAGACUGACGAAGGAUACAACUCGUACACUAAUUGCAGAAUUGAUUCCAUUUAUGCCUGAGAAAUCGCGAAUAACUGCGAUAUCUUAUGAAUUGCAGAUAUUGGCAUCGUUAAGCUUCUUUGCAACAGGAUCCUACCAAAGAAAUGUUGGUCAAGAUUUUCUUACUUGCAUGUCCCAAACUUCAUUAAGUCGUUCUCUUCAUGCAACUGUCAAUGCAUUGAAUAAUGUAAUGAACAACUGGAUUCGUUUUCCAGUAACUGCAGACAGAAUUGAAGAAAUCAAACAAGGAUUUUUUAGAAACGGUGGUUUUCCAGGAGUAAUCGGAGCAAUCGAUGGAACACAUAUUGCCAUUUUUCCACCCGAAGCUGAGAGAGAACAUUUAUUCAUUAAUAGAAAGUUAUAUCAUUCGCUAAAUGUGUUAAUGAUUUGUAAUUCUGAGUGCGAAAUUCUUGCCGUAAAUAGUGCCCAUUGUGGCCGAACACACGAUGCUCGUGUGUUACGGUCCUCAAGAAUAUUUGCUUAUUUAGAAAGGAGGCACAGAGAAGGUGAAACAAAUUCCUGGCUUCUAGGUGAUUCUGCGUACCCUCUUCUACCUUUUCUGCUAACGCCCAAAUUAAAUGAAGUAGAAGGAACUCCAGGUGCAAGAUACACAGAUCACCAUGUUCGAACUCGUUCAGCUAUAGAGCGCUGUUUUGGCAUUUUAAAAGGUCGUUGGCGUUGCUUACGAAAAGAACGAGCUCUACAUUAUAGUCCACAAUUUGCUGCUCUCGUUGUCAAUGCAUGUUGCGUCCUGCACAAUAUGGCAAUUAGAUGGAGGGUUCCUAAUGAGGAAACAUAUUUAGAUGAACUAGAUGUUAUACCACCGAUACCAUAUAAUGAUGUUGAUGAAGAACAUGGAGAACAAGUUCGAAAUAGAGUAAUCCAGUGGUAUUUUACCAAUUAAUAAUUCAUUGGUAUUUUAGUGAUAUUUUAUUGUAAAAACAUUUGAUUAUUUUAAUAUAUGCUGAUUAAUCUUGAAAAUUUAAGUUAAAAAUAAAAAUACUCAGCUAAAAAAUACUCAGCAAAUGUAAAUACAUCAUAGUAUAUACAGGAUAUUCUACUUUGACGAAAUCAAUCAUUAACAGAAUAUUUUAAAGAAAAAUAAAAUAGAAUAUUUCAUCCGUCAAGUUUUUAGAUUACAAUUUAGAUUACAAUAAAAAUUAUACCAUGUACAUUAUAAAUAGUCUUGUUUCAAGUACACAUUUAAAUUUUAUACAUGUACAUUUUAUUUGACAGAGAGAAGAUUAUCUAUGUACAUUAAACAAUACAUAAAAGAAAUAUUAAAC